GUCUAGAAGCAGAUUGUCCAUUCGGUUUUUCCCCGCUGACAUCGGGGGACACCAUGAAGCUGAACAUUUUAUUCGAAGCUGUUGAUGCCUCCAAAGAGGAGGCGUGUGAGCAAAGGAUGGAAAGGAGAGCUCUUGUUCACUGAGGCCCCCAAAGAGGGGCUUGUGUACCCCUAUGGGGCUCCACUUCAUCCAGGGGGCAGUCCAAGAUGUGUACCCACCAAACCAGUAAAUCAGAUUGGGAGUACUUGGAUAAUUCCACAGUUUGAGAGUGCCAGAUCACUGGGUCUCCAGAGCUGGUGCCACGGUUCCCCAAACGUGAAAAUAAAGGAUACCAACCAUGCCAUCCCUGUGGUGGCAGGAAGGCGUUGGAGGCCUGCAGCCUGCAAGUUUUCUCCACUAAUGUUUGAGAAUGCAAAAACAGAAUCCUGUGCUGUGGGGACUUCAGAACACCCUUUGGACUUUGGUGGACAAGCAGGAAACUUUGAGACAUGCUGUAACCAGCCAAGGGCUCUUUCUACUCCAGCUUCCAUCAGCCCUACAAGCAAUUCUAGGGCUGGGAUGGAAAAUCCUUGUCCCUGCCCCUUAUCUCCUUAUGCUGACCCGGUUGCAUUCAGCCCACCAGAGAGAUGCACUCCAGAACAGCCCUCCAUUGAGGCCCAUCAUUAUUGUCUGCCCCAGAUGGAUAGCUUUACUCCUGGCCCAUUUAGUAAUCAUGUUGGUGAGGAUAUUUCUAAUGACUUUGAGGCUACAUCUGUGCUGGUCAAGGACACUCCUGAGGACGAAUACGGAGUUAAGGUAACAUGGCGGAGUCGAUCUCUCUUAAUGAAAUACCUCAGAGAAAAAGGAAUGCUGAGCACCAGGGACGUCUUAGUGAAGACACAAAUGAGUGCAGUGCUUAGUGGGGCUGAAGAUAGCCAAUAGUUUAAAAUAGUUUUGAAAGAUCAAUCUCUAUUUGUGGUGUGUUCAUCCAGUCCAAACAGAUUUUGCAGGUCAUUAUAGUUUAAAAAAUGCAAACGUGUUUGCCUAGAAGUGACAGCUGGAUACCAAAAGCAGCAAUGCCUCUGUCAAAAACUGCUUUCAGUACUUCUAAACCUGGAGUGGAAAAAUAGAUUGAACAAAACGUUUUUGUGUAUGAUAAACUGUCUAAAUAAUUUGAGAAGGUGGUAUACUUGCAAGAUAAAGCACAGGGGCAUUUUAUAAAUCAAUCAAACCAAAAAGGUCUGGUGUUUCUGGAAAGACAUUCCUUAUCGUACCUCCCCUAGUUUAGAUGAAUACAGUACCAAGUUAUUUCUGUAUUCAAUGACUUCACUACUGAUCUCUGCCAUGACUUCAGUAUGGAGACAGCCAGCAGUGUUGUACAGUCUUUACUGCCUCUAUUAUGCUUCAUGUAGGAAAUUACCCUGAUUUACUUACAGCAGUGCUGGAAGGAAUUACUUGUUCAUACUUUUGUGCCUUUGCUGCUCUUGGAAAGAGGGGGGGGCAUGGGGGAAAUGCCUCUUUAUAUUUUUCAUUAGACCAGUCAACACAGACAUGUUUUGGGUUAUCUCAUUCUUUGUAUAUAUUCACGGAGGAUGCUUCAUGCAGAUUUUCUAUAUAAAAGCUAUUUCAUUUUAUGAUUAAUUGCUUCAUCCUUCAGCAAAAUUAGUCUGUGGGACAGUAUGGUGUAAAACAACAUAGCUUUUGGUUCUGGAGGACAGGAGUUUGCAUAGCUGGGGGAGCCCAAGCACCUUUUAUUUAUUCAGUCAGGGGCAGGCGGGCAAGGAGUCAAUAUGAACUUAAAACAUGGAACCCCAUCCCACAUAUUUACCACUCCCUAUAACAUCAUACAGAGCUUAGUGCUUAUUUUGUGUUUGUUUAAAAAAUACCCUAAUAAAAGCAUUGUCCUGUCAGUGUGGUUAUUAAAAAAUGCAGUGACAAACAUUUUAUUAAUAAAGCAGUUUGCUUUACAACUUAA